AUUACUCAAAUUUAAAUAAAAUGUCGACACACUUUAGUCGUUUCUUUAAUCGAAAUAUGGUUAAAGAAGAAUAUUUUUUAUUAAUUACUUUUUGCAAUAUUGGUGUCAUUUUAAAUGGAUUUGGGUUAUUUGUGUUACUGAAGUUUAAAAGAGGUUUUGACUCAAUUCAACAUUAUAUUCUAGUUCAGCUUUGUUUGAUUGACUUUUUUUUGAGCAUACAUGGUCAAAUUUUAUUAUCGUUAGUUUUUUUUUAUCCGAGAAACAUAAAUGGUGCUAACUUUGGAAACUUGGUUAAAAGAUUUUUGCAUUCAUCGUACUUUUACAUGACGUUUUUGUUGGUAUUUGACAGAUAUUUACAUUUAAAACUAAAUAUAAAAUACAAAAUCUACUGUUCAAAAAAAAAGGUCAUUAUUGUUACAGUUUGUGUAUAUGUUUUUGCAGGGACAUUUGGAGGUCUUUUUCCUUAUUACAACUCAGACUACACUAUCCUUAUUAUACUUGGUUAUGAUUUUAUUAUAACUGCAUUUUCAAUUUUUUUCUACGUAUACGCUUAUAUACUUUUUCGAAAACAAAAGGCUUGUCGCUCAAACCAAAGAAACAGACGAAUGUUUAAAGAUAAUAGUACAUCAGGAAAUAGAAGCACCUCCAAUACAAGAAGUUUUAACAUAACAGAGCCGUAUGUUAUAGAAUCAGUUGCAAGCUAGAUGAUGAAAAGUUCAAGUUUUUAGAAACAAUUUGAACAGAUAACCCAUUUCUUUAUUGUUUAUAAAAUAUAAUUAGUAAUAACUCUAAAAAAACUUCAAUAAUUAUUU